UUUGAAAUUUCCUUACAUUACAGAGAAACAUGUUUGACUAAACGUAGUGGCCCAUCUAUGACUGAUUUAAAACCAAUGCGUGUUGCGAAAGCAUAGUUUUCCUCUAUAAAAUGUUUUGUUUCUGCUCGUCAGAUGGCAUCGUGUGGUUAUUGCGGAUCGGCUGAAGUUGAAGGGCCUUAAGCGCUUGAUAAAAGUGCCUAUUUGGCACGGGCGAGAUGGGGAUCCCUCUGGGUUGUUUUGAUGUUUUCUAGAAGGCUGCACCAAAUAUACGCAAUUCUUCAUGUGUCAAUGACGUCGUCCUCGAGUUCAUUCAAUUGUGUCGGUGGUAUAUGGUUAUCCGGGCAUGUCGUGAGCUACGUCCCGAUUUCCUGUUUUUCUAGAUAACCACCAUCUAAAUGCCAGAUUGUUGCUUUUCGAAGAAGUGAAACAUACAUUAAUCUAGAUAAUGAAAUUUAGGUUAGAAAUUAUUUAAGCCUACAGUCCCAUUCACUUUUCAAAGGGUUAAAACGAGAACUGCUUUGAGUUCUUUUUACUGAAACAUGGUUACUUCGGAACUUGUUAAGGUCUGCUUAAAAUGGAAAAGGACAGAACUAUGGUCAAAAGCAGAUCUUCUGAAGUGAGUGAACAAUUGUUGUUUAAGGCCAAAGAAGAGCUUGGUGAAACUGAUAGCAUUAGAGAAGAAUCUCUGAAUCUCAUUAAGGAAUGGAUCCAAAGCCAUAACAUUGAUUAUUCUCAUUUAGAUGAUCAGUCAAUACGGUGGUUUCUCCGUGGCAGCAAAUUUGAUGUAAAAAGAACCAAAGAACGGAUAGAUAACUUUUUUCAGUUUCGCUCUAAAGUCACAGAAUGGUAUUCAGGAAGAGACCCACUUUCCCCAGAACUCUUAGAUAUUCUGAACCUUGGGACUAUCUUGCCAUUACCAGGACGUGAUGAUGAAGGAAGAAAGGUUAUUAUUAUUCGUGCAACUAUUCAUGAUGCUUAUAAACAUAAGCAAGAUGAUGUAUUGAAAGUAAUGAACAUGGUUAUAGAACUAAUGUGCCGUGACGACGAAGCCACGUCUAUAACAGGAGUAGUUUGUGUCGUGGAUUUGAAAGGUGUUGGGAUGGGCCACGCAAUGCAAAUGACGCCUUCGGUGAUUCGCAAAGCAGUCAGUUCUUGGCAGGACGUCAAUCCAAUCCGUACGAAGGGAAUGCACUACAUUAACACUCCGCUGAAUGUUCAUGUUGUAAUGAAUAUUUUCAGAACAUUCAUGAAAGAAAAGCUCAGACGCCGACUGCAUUUACAUAGAGGCGAUAGUAAAAUGCUCACUUCACUCAUUCCUUGUGAUAAUUUACCAAAGGAAUACGGAGGAAAUGGACCCACAAUCGAUUUCUUAACAACCAAAUGGAAAGAUCGUGUUGUAGAAAACAGGGACUGGUUUAUGAACCCAGAAAAACAUGGACCAUUUUCGCCUUUUUGAGCUUUGAAAAAUGUUGGGCAUUCAAUCUGAAGGAAAAUGUCGAUUUUUCAUAUUUUACUGAAUUUCCAUCUUUGUUCCUAAUAUUCAUGCUGUUGCAUUUGGCAUAUGAUAAUAUGCGUUACUGAAGCAAGACGAACAUAUUUCUCCUUUCGUUUUUGUGUUUCCAAAAUGCCUUCAGAAUUCGUAUAUUUUCUGUUACGUUUCCUAAUCAUUUUUUAAACUCAAAAUACGAUAUAUAGAUAUCUACUAAA